CCCCUUAUGUUUCUCAACAAGCUAUGCAAGAAAGGUGUAGUACAAUUCCUAAAUCUCCCGAAAGCGAAAAGGCCUGUUCCUCGCUCUGUCUGAAAGUUGAAAAUAAUCAAGACAGAGAAAACGCUGUUCUAUUUUGGACACAAUUUGUUCAGGACCUUUUCUACUACACGUGUACGAAGACUGCAUAGAGCCAAAUUUUGUACGCGAGCAGCUGCGAGAGCGAAGCGUGCGUUUCAAUUUGGUUUCCUUGUUUUCUGUAGACUGUAAAUUUUUUCUUGAUGCCUCCUCUUCUUUUGGUACCAAGACCGGCUGAGUCGAAGUUUGGAUGUAUGAAUCGAUCCUCUGAUAUGAGUAGCGGAAAAUGGAAGAGUGUCUCGUCAACUGAACUUGCUCAAAGCAUUGACGGUGGUGGAGCGGGUAAUUCGGCAGAAAUUCUAAUUGUUGAUUGUAGAUCGCUAGUAGCUUUUAAUGGACUACACAUUAGAGGAGCUAUUCAUGUGAAUUGCACCGGAAUAGGACGUAAAAGACUUUCACAAGGCAAGGCAAAACUAAAAGACUUGAUUUCUUCAGCGGAGGGCAAAGAGAAGUUUAUCCGUGGUGGAGUGGGGACAACCUUUGUUAUCUAUGAUGAGUUGUCAAGUGAUCCUGAAGACUGCAAUCCUUGCCGUCCAAUUUGCUUAGUUUUACAAAAUCUUUUAAAAGAGGGGAGAAAUAUUUCGGUUCUAAAAGGCGGACUUAAGGAAUUCUGUAGGGAUUAUCAAAACUUGUGCGAAAACGCCCCUGUCAACCACUGUGACCUCGCUGACUUCCCGCCUUCACCAACGACAUGCGACUCGUGCCCAGGGCGCCCUCAAGGAACUCCUGUGACGGCCAUCUUACCUUUCUUGUAUCUUGGCAACGAAGAAGGCGCGGCUGAUGAAGCCCUAAUUGACAGGUUGUCAAUUAAGUACAUCCUUAAUUUGACUCCCCGAUGUCCGAAUUUUUUCAGUCACCGAUCGGAUCUUAACUAUAGGCAGAUUAAAGUAAACGACUCGAACCAAGAGGAUAUAGCGCAGCAUUUUGACGAAGCCAUACAAUUUAUUGACGAGGCCCGAGAACGAGGCAGCGGUAUCCUUGUGCACUGUCACGCCGGUGUGUCACGCUCGGCCACCGUGACAGUAGCAUACAUCAUGAAGCAACAAGGUCUUUGCUUGGGAGACGCGUAUAAAUUUGUCAAAGAGCUAAGGCCGGUAAUCUCACCAAACCUCAACUUCAUGGGACAACUGCUGAAGUAUGAGAAGAAAAAGAGAAACGACGAGAGUUCAUAAGGCAAAUGCUAGUUUGGGGGGUGUACUAGGACAAGGUAUGGAGCGAACACAUGUGACUCGUCUGUGUCUUGGCUUCCAGGCCUCUUGGGUACUUGGUAUCCGCGAGUAAGAUGAGAACUGGGGUGAACCCGUAGAUUUCUCAUCUCCUGUUAAUAAUUUGUAUAUAGGAUAUUAAUAAUAGUAUUAAUAACAUUAGUAAUAGCCAUAUCAAUAAUUAUGUCUAUUGUAAGGGAACAGUAACAAUCGAUAUUAUCGGAUUAGAAACGUGGAAAAAGGAUAUUCUCUAUUUUUAUUUCGACGUAUGUGUGUUAGCUUUGUAGGAUGUUUGUUUUGCAGUGUCGUACACAAACGUAUCUUUACUUGUCUCAUUUUUUACCUCACCUUCGGUAGAACUUGGGGAAAAGAUCGCGAUGAUAAGUCCACUUCGGAUAUUUUCGGAAGACAUCGGAACUCAUCGUCGACUGUCCGUUAAAACGAGUCCCCAAAUUUGUCAUGUAGAAGUGAAGUACUGCACUGUUGAUCAGAAACUUUCUCGUAUCAUUUCAGUGGUGGACAGUUUUAAAAUCGUUCAAGGGUAUUAGCAAGCUUUUUGUUAACAACUUCUCGUAACUUUCACGUUUCUUCCUUAGAUAAUUGUGUUUUGACUCGAUUUAUAUUAACACUAAGUACUGUGUACUUGAACGCCCGUAUACAUUAAUUGUAUGGAUCUGACAAAAAAAUUCCCUCGUAUUAAAUGAAGAUAGCUAUAAACGAAUAUAUGACAGAGGGAGGUGACAUCGUACCAAAACUUCAUCUAAAGAAGUCAUCAGGAUCGUAGAAUAUUUUAAACGGAUUGGAAAGGUGAGGAGUUUGAUAUCGAGGUAACUCAAGCGCAUCUUGAACUUGGCGUUGUUACACUCGUAGGUGUUCAACGCCUUGUGUCGAUAGCCGACUAUUGAAGCAGACCUGGAAAAUUCUCUAGUCAAUGCAGCAAAGGCUUACGCGCGAGUUUCUCGCCCGUAUUCUCCUAGUAUUGAGUUAUUUCCAGGGCUAUUCGAUUUGGCGAUUCGACUAACUCUGAUUAUGAUGACAAGGAAUCAGAAAGAGAUUAAUUUAUUGCCAGCUUGCUGUGUCUUGAUGAAAUAUAAAAUUUUUUGGUAAAUUUGAACUUCUCGUUAAACGGGCAGAUACGUGCAUCGUUGUGUGUGUGUGUGUGUGUUAGUGUUUGAUUGAUGGACAAUUAUAUGUAUUUAAAUGACUGAGAGAUGCUUUUUUGUUCAUGUUUGAACUCUUGGUGAAGGCGUUGCGUGAAGGGGAGUGCGUUACAGAAAGACACUUAACGGUUUCCAUCGCCGAAGCCCUUGUUGGAGUUUUUUUUCUCCCGCUGCUUUGGCCAUCAAACAUUGGCUGAUUGUAAAGGCAACUCGAUUCCAGUUUUAGGUUUUUAAAAAUUAAAUCUACAGCUCUUUCCUCAGCUGAGUGAUUUCUGAACUCCUGGACAACUGGACGCAGAAGCUUGCGAUUUCGUAUUUGCAAAAUAGCUGGACAUUUUCACUUUUAUUGCGUAGCAAGAGAAUAUCAUGAUAUUCUCUAGUAUGUAGAAACGAUUGUAAACGUUCAUUUUAAUAGUUUUUCUGGUAGAACGCCGAACACCGACGAACAUCCAAGGAACAUCCCAACCGUAAGUUGGAAUUUCCGGAGAUGAUCGUCAAGACUCGUACUUCUUCGUAAGUAACUCGUGUCUGUUCCCAUCAUUAUUUUAUUUGUAGCUUGUAGACGCAGACGAAUAUAAGUUGGUGAAUAGAGUAAGAUGCUCAGACGAAACCAUAGUCUAGAAAAUGUCAGGUUGAUAUUUUGUAAUAAAUCAGUUAAUUUAUAGUAGGUCAUUUACAGCUAGAAAAGACGUUGAUUUUUGCAAUAAAAUAGCUGAACUUUGUA